AUGGUUACAACUGUCAUUGGUCUUAUGUUCCGUAAGAAACCUGGUCUCGUUUUGAACAAAGUCAACACUUCCGAAAACUUUGAGAGUUUGGAGUCCAUGAUAUUGCAAGAGGAAUUAAAGUUCACGUUUGCGGAAGUUGUGAAGGCUGUAGAUGACUUUCAUGAGAAGUACUUGCAUUGUAUUCGGCAUCGGAACAUCAUGAGGCUUUAUGAAUACUUAAAGAGAGGAAGCCUGGGAAAAGCUUUGUAUGGAGCUGAAGGUGUUAAUGAACUCGGCUGGCCUAACAGAGUCAAAAUUGUGCAAGGACUUGAUCAAGCACUUUCUUACUUGCACCAUGAUUGCUCUCCACCAAUUGUGCAUCGUGACGUAACGGUCAACAAUGUAUUGCUUGAGUCAGAUUUCGAGGUCCGUCUCUCGGAUUUUGGAAUAGCGAGCUUUGGAGUGGUGGCACUAGAAGUCAUGAUAGGAAGGCACCCAGAGGAUAUGCUAGAGUCCCAGCUACAAGAAUCAUCAAAAUCAAGGAGGAGCAAUGUAGAAUCGCUCCUGAAAGAUUUGUUAGACCAAAGGUUGGAGCCGCCAACAAAUGCAUCUGCAAAGGCAGUGGUGCUAGUAGUGACAAUUGCCUUGGCCUGUAUAGAACGCAUCCUGCGUCCAGACCGACGAUGGUAUUUGCGCACAAAAACUCCCAGCUCAAAUUCUGCCUUGCCUUCCGGAACAGUUGACAAUCAACAAGUUAAUGGCACUAUAAAAAGUAAAUGA